CGAAAGCAAGAAAUUCAAAACAGCCUGUGUAGGAAUCGAAAACGAUGUAUCUGUUUUCGGCGGAAAGGCUUAAAUAAAUAAAGGCAGACAAAUUACUUUUUAGGUAGGACUCGAUGCUGAUUUUAUCCAAGGGAGAAAAAUGAAACACGAAGUAAAAUUUUUCUGGAACAGCAGGGAAGUUAGAGGAUUUCUAUAUUAGUGGCGAUCCAGACGGUACUUGGCCUAAUUAAAAGCAAAUUCGUAGACUUGCUUUGUUUACAUAAAGGUUGAGGAUUCUCUCUGUCGCAAACAUUAUUCUCGACAGGAUGUUUUAAAGCUCAAAUCGUCAUUAUCGUUUUAAAAGAGUGACUUCGUACUUAGUGAGAUUCUGCCUUUGCGAAUGGUUCAAGGGAGCUGGUCUCAUCUGAUGUGAAGCAAAAUUAACAUACUUCGAACAACAGUCGCUCGAGAACAAUGCAGAUAGGUUGUGAGUGGCCGAUAGUGGAAUUAUAAUAGAUAGCGUUCUGUUGUUGAAUAAUAAAUAGCCGGAGCUCUCCUGAAAAGUGGCAGGUGUUCGAGUUGUAAUGGGAAACGUUGGUACUACAUGUCAACAGUGACGAAAGAGAUAAAAAGCAAUUUUGGCUCAAUCAAAAAUUGUUGGCGUGUUGUAACAUUUUGAGAUGUUAUCUGUUGUUUUGUAAGUUGGAAGUGAUUUUUUUCCCUCUUCGCAUUGGAUCAAUGUUUUGUUGUAAGUGCUGAGUCGCCGAAGUUGCCUGUUCUUACGUUUGCCGUCGUAACAAUCGCGGGCGAGCACGCUGGGAAGAAUCCAGUUCCAAUGUUUGCUGAGUGAAUAAUGCGUUUUAAAAGUGCAAUGCACUCGACGGCGAGCAAAUGACUACGAAAUUUUGUGCGUGUCAGUCACCAUCGCAUCGACGAAAAAUUGCUGACGAUACAUUUUCCUUUGACGAGGACAAAGAUGCCGAAGAACUUCAACCAUUACCCAAUGGGUUCUCUCACGAACAUGAAAACGAGAACGAGAAUGACAGUGUACCAUGUUUAUCCAGUAACGAGGCUGAGACUACGCCUCAGGGUGACCGUCGACGAAGAAUAAAACACGUUUGGGAUUAUUAUCUGCUGCAUAACACUUUACAUGGCUUGCACUACGUUUUCGACACGAAGUCAAUUUGGCGCAAAGUUAUCUGGAUUGCGAUACUGUUAAGCGCCGGUGGAGCAUUUAUCAACGAGGUCAAAACUAGUAUAACUCAGUAUUUCGAGUAUCCGUUCAGUACACUCGCCACUGUUGACUACCCUAAUAAGAUUGUACUUCCAGCAAUUUCGAUUUGCGAUCUGAGAGACAUCAGAAAAACUAUACUAACGAGUGCAAAGUUUCGGAGGGGAAGAAGUGCGCAAGGAAAUUCAACCGAGCAUAAUCCGGAACGUGUAUUGGGGGAUGUUCUGGAAGACGCUUUCUCGAUCUUAGACGACAUUUUAAUUUCUUGUGUUUUGAAGCGAGGGGUGAACGAGAGUAGAGAAGUCCCUUGUGAUCGCGAAGACUUUACCUUGUUUCUGUCUUCGGAUGGGCACACAUGUUACACGCUAAAUUACGGGGGUGAGAACAGGACGCUUUUGGAAACGGAUAAUGUCGGGCUGAAGUACGGUUUACAUCUGGUGUUGAACACGAAGCCUCUGGAGGAGGGGAAAACUUAUGGCGGCAGCGGGGUCAAAGUUAUUCUUCACCAGCAAGGAGAACUUCCCCUAAAGCGGGUAGGAUUUCAUGUUCCUCCUGGUUACGUGACGUUUGUGGAUAUGAAAAAAGAAAAGCUCACAAAUCUUCGUAAUCCUUUUAGCACAAAUUGUGGUGGAAAAACGUUGGAUUAUUUCCCCGCUUAUUCCAGAAAUAAAUGUUUUCUAGAAGGACUAACUAAACAUGUCUCUCACAAGUGUGACUGCAGAGGUUGGUUUAUGCCAGAAACGAAGGAUAAUUUUACACUGUGUUCGUUGAACAAGACCAUCAAUUGUAUGUGGCCAGCUUGGGAGGAAUUUGAAUCCAGGAUGAAUAGCCCGGUUGAUUGUCCAGUAGACUGCGAGAAGGUGUCAUAUGAAGCGCAGUUGUCUCAAACUCUUUACUUGCCACAGAAACUGGUUCCAGUAAAGCAAAAAUACGAGAAACUCACACAAGGCAGAAACUUACCUAAUGACACGGACGAAGUUAUUAAAUUUAUGUUAGACUACUACGUUGUGUUAAAGUUCUUCUUCAGCGAGCUUAGAAUCGAUAUUUUUGAGCAAACCCCUUCCUAUGGCUUCUUCAAGUUAGUAGGUGACGCUGGUGGCCAGCUGGGACUCGUGCUUGGGGCAAGUUUCAUCACGUUGUUGGAGGUUAUUGAUCUGUUUGUCAUGGUCGUUGUCAGUUGGUUAAAGUCAAAGUAUGGCGGCAAAAGCACAGAUGUGUGUAUCUGUGCUUGGCUGAGAAAUUUCCAUACGUUAGUGUUUUGGUGGGGGACAGUUGAUUGCUGUGGCAGACGAAAAACGAAAAUGUCAAAUUUGUUCAACGAGAACGACUCAUCUGCGGAGGAGACGGGGGAUGUUAAGAUCCUCAUCAAAGGUGGUGACAAGCUCAGCCCAAGAACUAAAAAUGUGUAUGCGUUUUGCAAUCACUGCAAGAAGGACAUUUCUGUCGUGUACAUCAAGUCGGAGACGAACGGUAAAGAAUUAGCCGUGACGGAGACGUUGAAGACCAAUUGGCCUGCUGUGUUUGAAGGGGGAUUUCCUGAGAACGACUACGAGAAAUGCAAGAAGAACAACGAUUAUGAAAGCUGCAAGAAGCUGUUGGAUGAAAAGAAGAAGUCUGAUAAGAUUCACAAAUUGUGGGUUUCCUUUCUGGACUCGUGCACGUUGCAUGGGUUUCACUUUUGCUUCUCAGGCAACCCACCUGUGCGCCGUGUAAUAUGGACUUUAUUACUACUCGGGGCAUUCGCGUUAUUCUUCGAGAAGUGUACCGAUAGUAUUAUCAAUUAUUUUCAAUUCCCAUUUACCACCACCACGCUUAUCGUUUACGAGAACAGCUUGGUGUUUCCCGCAGUCAGUAUUUGCAAUUACAACGAUGCCCGCUUCUCCAAAAUGAAUGGAACCACUGUGCAUGAGCUCUACUUCAGAACCAAGAUUAAAGGAGAAAAUGUCAGUCACCUCAUGGAGAAAAUCUCAGGAGAAGAAAUGACAAAAACGCUUACAGAGGCUGCCCAUCGACUCGACGAAAUGAUUCUGGAAUGUAAAUGGCAAAAAGAUUCAAAGUGUGACCAUAGAAACUUUACCGAGUUUAAGAACGCUGAUGGAGAUGUUUGUUUUACGUUUAACUCCGGUAAAAAUAGCUCGGCCCUUUUGACGAGCAGCACGGGUGAAGACAAAGGCUUACGUCUUCUCAUCGAUGUUCAGCAUUAUGAUUAUUAUUUUGCUGUUGAAAGCGCAGGCUUCAAGGUAAUUUUGCACGACCAGGAUGAAACUCCAGUUAAAAUGCAGGGCUUAGCCGUAUCUCCUGGGUUUACGACAUACAUGGAACUAAAGAAGAAAAAGAUCACGAACUUGCCUUCUCCUUAUCGAACCAAGUGCGGGAUGCCAAAGUUACGCUUCUUUGACAAAUACAGCAAAUCCAAAUGUUUCUUGGACAAACUGACUCGUUAUGUUGUCAGAAACUGCAAUUGCCGUGCCUGGUUCAUGCCAGGAGCUGAUGUCGGAAUUCCUGUUUGCGAUCUGGAAACGAGUCAUACGUGCAUGUGGCCGGCCUGGGUGCAUUUCGAGGACAAGAAAUUGGACGAGUGUCCCGUGGCUUGUGAAAGCGUGGAAUUUUCUGCUCAGAUGUCAUAUGCCCGCUAUCCGGCCAAUGCCUAUGCUGAUUUACUUCUUUCCAAAGAGAGAAAUUUGACAGGUUCACCCGAAGAAAACAGACAGUACCUGAGAGAUAACCUUCUGGAGUUAAGGAUUUAUUUCGAAUCUUUAACUUACUCUGAUGUGAGACAGGUUCCCAGUUAUGAUCUGUACAGUUUGUUAGGUGACGUGGGAGGUCAAAUUGGUCUCUUUCUCGGCGCCAGUCUCUUGACGUUUGUCGAAUAUUUGGAUCUUCUGGCAAUGGUGCUAUUCACCAAAUACAAGUAUCACAAUAAGUGAUUAGAAAACAUUGACGGACUUAGUUAGUUUGGAGUAAAUAAUAACUAACAUAAU